UUUCCCAACUUCCCUUUUUCUCUUUUAAAUCAAAAGUAACAAAAAUAAUGAGAGAAGAAUUAAAUAAUUGGGAAAAUGAAUGGAACCCUUCUAUGCGUUCACAUCCAGAAGCUACACAUCCUGAAUAUUCUCUUUUGGUAAAUUCAAAAACAUUUUUUCUUGUCGAAGCAGCUGCUGAGAAUCCUUUUGGAACAGAAUUUUUUGUUUGGUUGGAUGCUGGUUAUGGGCAUGGUGAUCGUUCAAUUUUCCCGCCGGCAUGGAAGUGGCAGCCAAAAUUUGAGAAAGAAAUUAUUUCUUUAAUUAAAUUAACACCUCCAACAGAUUUAAUUACUCAUUACAAUUUACAAUCUCUAUAUAGACAAGAUAUUUCUGUAAUAAGUGGUGGUUUUCUAGCUGGGGAUAGAAAUUCAAUUAUUCGUUUACACCAACUUUAUUACAAAAAAUUUAUCAAUUUAAUUGAAAAACAAAAAAUUGAUGAUGAUCAAACAAUGCUUGUUUUGUUAAUUAAUGAAUAUCCAGAAUUCUUUCAUAUUUAUUAUGGGGAUUGGUUUGACGCUUUUGAACUUUUUUGA